AUGGAGGCGAAUCAAAACCAAUUUGUUCAUUGGAAUCAUCAAGAUGAAAGGAUGGAGAUGAACUACUUUGGAGCAAUGGAGAUGAACUUGGGAGCAACGGAGAUGAAUCAAAACCAGAUGUUCCAACUAGAUGUAAAUGAGAGGUGGUAUUUCUUUACUCCAAGAGAUAGGAAGUACCCAAAUGGGAAUAGACCCAACAGAACUGCAGGUGAUGGAUUCUGGAAGGCUAGUGCGCGUGAUCAUACCAUCACCAUGGAUAAUAACGAGACGAUUGGAUACAAGAAAUCAUUAGCUUAUCACGAAGGAAAGCCUAAAAAUGGGGUGAAAACAAAUUGGUUAAUGAAAGAGUAUAGACUCUCAAAGACAGAAUUGGAUAUGUGGGUUGUAUGUGAGAUAUACAAAAAAUCAGAAAAAUCAGAGAUUGUUAAGCCACAUCAUCAACACAACACAGUUGUUGAUGAUGGUGGACAAGGCUUCCUAUCUGACUAUGGCGAUCAAAGGUUGUGA